AUGAACUACUGUGCCGAGCUACCCUCAAGAAGCAGCCCCAGCACGCUCAACCUCACCAUCACGCCUCACUUCACCACCGCCGCAGAAGCCGACCGACUAUCCGUGCAACUCACCCUCCAAGCCCCGCACUGCGCGGCCCACCACCCGCUCUUCCUCUUCGAGACCUACUACGGCAACGUCCCCGCCCACCCAUACACCGAGCGCGACAUCACAGCACCAGGAAUGGCGCGUCGACCGCGACACGGUGGGCGACGUGCAGCUGCGAUUCGGCGUCGCCCCGCGGCCCGUGGACAUCACGACGCCCGUCGGCCCGCGGGUCGACCUCCGCCGCGACCAGGCGGGUUGAUCGGCAACGGGCGCUGGUUCCUGCCUCGCCCCGCGGCCGACGACCGGGUCUACCGGCAUGUCGUGGCGUGGGACCUCUCGCACGCGCCGGCGGCUGCGCAGCCCACCCGCGCCGUCUGGUCGUUCGGGGAGGGUCCGGACCCCGUGGUGAAGAUCGGCCCGCCGACCGUCCUCGUCGAUUCGGUGUACAUGGUCGGACCGAUCCGGAGUGAUCCAUGCCGCGGCUGUGGCGGCGUUGUUGCUGCUCCGCGCGCGCAGAUCUUCUGGUUCGGCCAGCUCCCGGAGAACCUGCGGCGGCUCAAUGCGUACAGCGUCCUGCUGUAUCCGAAAUUGGCCGUGUUCUUCCGGGACUCCAAUGCGACAUCGUACCACAUCUUCAUCCGACGGGUGCUUCGCGGGUUCGGGGGCCACGGCUGCCAGCAGAGUUAUGUUUUGGAGUACGAUGAGUCGAGCCGGAACGAGACGGAGGAGGAGCUGGUGGCGCUGUUCUCGCACGAGAUGAUUCACAGCUUUGUGAUGAUGGGGCCGAAGGCGGAUGGCGCAAUGCUCACGGGUGCGGUGUUAGGGCUCGCGCAGCUCUACUCCGCCUACCUCCCCUAUCGCUUCGGCCUCCGCGGGGCGGACUAUCUUCGCAAUCGUGUCAAUGCAUACCUGAGUGCAUACGGGACCAGUCCGCGCAUCGGCAUGGAUGCGCGCGACUCGCAGACGGAGUUCUAUGACGAUUGGUAUGCGGAGCUGAUCCCGUAUAUGCGGGGCUGCGCCUAUUUGCUGCAGGUGGACAGCUGUCUGCGGAAGAUGACGGGGCGGUUUGGGCGGGACGCGGACGGCCCGCUGGAUGAGAUUGUCAUUGAUAUGGCGAGACGGUGGCGUGGCGGCGAGCGCCUUCGGGCGAGCGACUGGCUGGAGUAUCUGCGCCCGUUCCUGGGUGCGGGAGUCGCGGGUGAGCUGCAGGAUAUGCUGGGCGGGCGACUUCUCGACUUGGGCGGCACCUUUGUGAUCUAUGGGCAUUGGGUGCUCAGCCCUAGCGAGCAAGAGAUUCUGGACUUUGGGUUCAGUUUAUCCAAUAUCAACCGGCGUGUGAUUCGCGGGGUUGUGGCGGGAUCGAGAUCCGCCGACGCCGGCUUGGAGGACGGACUGCCGCUAAUGUCGGCGUCUCGCGCCGGUCGUUGUUCCACGUCUCUGUCGGCUAUGAUGGACGUCGUGGUUAAGCGAGGCGGUGACAGGGUGCAGAUAUCAUACCGGCCGCGAUCGUUCGACAAGGUGAGGGUCUGGCAGUUGGAGUGGUCGUGA